AUGUCGCAGUUUGUCGCCUACGCGGGCCUGCUCGGCACGGCGUCCGCCUGCGUGUACAUUGGCAGCUACUGUGCGCUGCACACGCCAAUCAAGACGCGCGAGCUGCGCAAGGCCGCAGGGAAGGAUGUAAAUGAGGACGAGGAGGAGGGGCAGUCGCAGAGCCUCUCGUCCGGCAAUGCGUACAUCUUUCCCGUGAUUGGCAGCGCGGUGCUCUUUUCGCUCUACCUCGCGUUCAAGUACUUUGACAAGGCAAUGAUCAACACGAUGCUCUCGGCGUACUUUGCAUUUGCGGGCGCGCUCGCGAUCCCUGUCGCCGCCGAGCACCUGAUCAAGAUGGCCAACGGAGGAAAGGUGGGGGGGUACGAGGCGCUCCUCCUCCGCGUGCGCAUUCCCAACCCUUUUGCAAAGAAGGCGCUCGAGGUGAAGAAGAGCGACAAGCCGGCACCGCCAAUCACCGACGCAAACGUGCCGGGGACAGCGCCGCCCGUGUCGUCCAACGCGAUCACCAUCGACCUGCUCGGCCUCGUCCUGAUGGGCAUCUACCUGUACUCGCGCCACUGGAUGCUCACAAACAUUGUCGCGGUGUGCUUUGCGAUCCAGGGGAUCAUGCUCAUCACGCUCGACUCGUUCAGCACGGGCUACAUCCUGCUCGCCGGCCUCUUUUUCUACGACAUCUUUUGGGUGUUUGGCAGCGCGAAGCUCGUCCGCAGCGGGCCUUCGGUUAUGGUCUCGGUCGCGACCAACUUUGAUGGACCGAUCAAGAUCCUCUGCCCAAAGAACCUGCUCGAAGUCGCCUCGGCCUACUUGGGCGGCCGCACCGUGCCGAGCCUCGCUUUUGCGCUGCUCGGCCUCGGCGACAUUGUCAUCCCGGGCGUGUUUGUCGCUCUCGCCCUGCGUUUCGACCAGAAGCACGCCUCGGAAAGUCAGCCGUCGCUGGGUUUCACGCGCUUCUACUACCGCUUUGCCAAGCCCUACUUUACGACGUGCCUCGCGGCGUACGUCGGCGGCCUGGUCUUCACCAUGGCCGUGAUGCACGUGUUUGGCGCCGCCCAGCCCGCACUCCUGUACCUCUCGCCGGCAUGCUCGCUGUCGGUCGUGUUCCUUGCAAUCGCACGCAAGGAGCUCAAGGAGCAGUGGAACUGGGUCGACAAGACCACCGAGCCCACGCCGCCGGAGAAGGAGAAAAAGGCCAACUGA